GCGGGAGCACGGGAGCCACGGCCACGCCAUGGGCCGGACGUCCACGCCAUCCGCGCCCCUGGGGAGCCCCGACUACUACGAGAAAAUAUGCCGCCUCCAGCAAGGGCUGAGGGACAGUGAAAAGAAGAGAUUGGACCUAGAAAAUAAACUUUAUGAAUACAAUCAGUCUGAUACAUUCAGACUGAAGCUGAAGUAUGUAAAAUUAAAGAAAUACCUAAAGGAAAUACGUGACUCAGAAGAGAAGGCUCAUACUCGAAACCAGGAAUAUUUAAGACGGUGUGAGCACUUCCAAGCUCAUGUGGGACACUUCACCAUGAACACAGACAAGCUUCAAGAGCUGAAGAAUGAAUAUGAGACUCAAAUUAAGAAAACACAAAUACGCUCAGAAGAUAGCCUGGGAAUAAAAGGUGAAGUGAAAGAUGAAGACAGGGAAAAGGUUAUAAUCCAGGCAAGAAUUAACUUGGGGACAGCCAUGUCAAGAGGAUUGUAUCAGCCAGCAACAAUCUUUAUGGGCCGCCAAAUGUCAGCUGUCUCAAACAUUGGAGAUUUCAGUACAGAGCAGAAACCUCCCCAACCUACAAAGAACUUUUCAAUUCCUGUCCCACAUUCAUGCCGACAGACAGUCCUGAGCAGCAGUGUGACAGACAGCUGUGUAGUACAAACUAACAGUGACACACAGUGCUUAAAUAAGCCUGACAAAAUAAAUGGAAAGACAUCUCUUCAGAUUGGUGAGGAAACGCCAGUCACAGUCAGUGUAUUGUCUGAGGGGGAUAAAGCUCAUUGCUUGGAGAUAGGAAGCAACACACGUCACAGCAAGAGUCCUUUAUCUGAAAGCAAAAAGUCUGCUGAACUUCAUUCCCCAUUACUGGAAAGAUUAAGUCCAGAGAACAGAACCACUGAUUUAAAGUGUGACAGUUCCAGCAGAUCAGAGGGAUCAAAGGAAGAAAUACUGACACAGGAACAUAUUGAAGUCAAGGAAGAAAGAGCAGGAUGGCCAGUCUCUCGGAUAACAGUUUCAGAAUACUGUGCAUCUGAAAGUAAGUGUUCUCAAGAGAACCAUUCUGCUUGGGAAGAUUUCUUAGGUGAUCAUCUUUCUUAUGGAUUCCCAAAAGCACAGAGCCCCUACAGAAAAACCCAGGAGGAGCAGGAAGCGGGAAGCUUGAGCAGCAGCAGUGACCUUACAGUGUCUGUUAGUGAAGAUGAUCUGAUUUUAAAGAGUCCAGAACCACAGCCAAAUCCAUGUGGCAAUAUGAAGAAGGAAGAUGGAAUGAAAUCGUUAAUAUCAAUCCAUUCUGAACAAGACAGAAACACUGUCUUCACUGAGCAAAAUAAUUGUAUUUUGCAAGACCUGAGUUCUCCUGAUUCAGAAAAGGAACCUACUAAGUCACCAACAAGAGAGCUCUGUGAUGAUACUGACAUUCAGAAAGAAGAUGACCUUGGAGCCUGUGGAACAGCUGUCCUUAACCAGCUUCAGAGACUCCAGGCUGCAGGUAGCAGCAGGGAAAAGCAAGUCAGAUCAGAACAAACAACACAUUCAGAUUUAUUGGGGCAGCAUAUCACUACAGCGAAAGAACAAGAUCGUUCUCUCAACAAAGAGGCAACCGCAUUAUUGAAAAAAGCCCUUACAGAAGAGUGUGAGGGUAGGUCGUCUAUUCAUAGUAAUGAAUCAUCUUGCAGCUUGCCAUCUAUUCUGAAUGACAAUGGUGGAAUAAAGCAAGCAAAGCCAUGGCUCAACAGUGUUCGCGCCAGAGAACAAGAAACAAAUGCCUACCAGUUGAAGCAGUCUACCAUUCAGGAUAAUAUACACCAAACUGAAGAUAGAUUCCAGAAAGUGGAUGUUUCCACUUCACAUUUAUCAGGUUUGAGUAUUGGCAGCGGCACAUUCAAGACAAAGACAACUAACAAAAUCGCUUCGGAAGAGAAUUUUUCAUCAAACAAAGGAAGUCCUUUGUCAAGGCAUGAAAACAAAAGGAAAUUGCCUGCCAACUUAAAAUCUAAAGCCUUCUGGGGUGAGUCUGAUGACAGCAACUCAGAAAUUGAAGCUGCUUUAUGUCCUGGAAACCGUAACAAGUCUACUGAUGAUUCUGAUGAUUUUAAUAGUUAAUAAGUUACAGCACCAGUUAGAAAUAAAAAGUCUUAACCCAGCCUCUGUUCCUUUGUGAUGUCUACAAUAAGCAAAUCCUUUUAAGUUUUCUAAUUUUUCAAUGUGAAAACGUAGGACCACAUUACUGCCUUAAGUGAAAUUUCAUGGCAUAAGUGACUAGACUGUGUUUUUUUAAGUGUUAUCAUAAAGUAAGGCAAUUAAUGCAAUGCCCAUAAAACUUCCAGUUGACUUCAUUGCAAAAAUUUUUCGGCUGAUUCUAAAAUGCAUAUGGAAACUUGAGAAAAGCCAAAGCAAUCAUGAAAGACAAAUAUUUGGAGUAGUCACAUUUCCCUAUUUCGAAAUGUGCUACAAAUCUACAAUAACUAAAACAAUGUGAUGUAGACAUUGACAUACAGACAUAUAAAUCAAUUUAUUAGUGAUUCAUUUCACUUAGUAGUGUAUUGAUAUACUUAGAAUUUACAACCAAGAAGCUAAAAAUAAACCCUUAUAUUUAUGGUCAAUAGAAUCCAACAAGGUAGCAAAAAAACAAUAUACCAUGAUCAAGUGGUAUUCAUAGCAGGUACACAAGGACAGUUCAACAUUAGAAAAGCAAUCACUGUGGGAUAAGCCUCCAGAUGUCUCUCUUCACAAUAGAGGAUGGGAAGAAACUGUUACCAAACAGUGCAUUGAAGAGAGGACUAUAGCAGAUCAAAAUGAUAGACCCGUCUUGGACAGUUAAAACCUUGUCAGUUGAUUGCCCCUCUGAUGCAUGUUCGGCCUGCUCUGGUUUUCAACAUUUUCUGUACUUUUUGUUGUUGUUAGUUCAUACUGGGGUUUUUCUCAGAUGUGUUUUGCCACUGGGGGUGAACCUCUUGAAUUUUUGUUAGGUGUUUUGAGUUCAAGAAGGAAAAGAAUGUUUUGAAACUGAU